CCUCCCUCUCCUGCUCUUCCUCCUCACUCAUACCUGUCUGUUGUGAGUUAACAUUGGGAAUGGUGGGGACAGCACCAAAAUACUGCUCACUGCAUCUGUCACUGGAAUUCUGCUGGACACUGUGUGGUUAAGAUUUCAGAUCUCCUCUUCCAGAGGAAGAUUAUUAUCGGGGAGGAUGAAUCGCACCUGCGUAAACUGCUUCAAAACUCUGCUGAUCAGUCUAAACUUUCUCUGCUGGCUGUGUGGCAUGUUCGUAGUGGCUUUCGGAGAAUUCCAGAUGAUGCAUUCCAAGUUUGCUUCCCUCGUCACCACCUUCUGGCCCAUCUUCCCUGCCAACACUCUGGUGGUCACUGGCACCAUCGUGACCUGUGUGUGUUAUCUGGGAGUGCUAGGUGGCAUGAAGGAGAACCGCUGCAUGCUCAUCAGUUUUUUCGUCCUGCUGUUUAUUCUGAUGCUGGUGGAGCUGGCCAUGGCCUGUGUGUUCCUGGUCUAUAGUAGAGAGAUUGACACAUACUUUGAGAAAGACUUGAUGCGAAGUUUGGAGAUCUACAGACAUUCCAUUCCAGAGAGCAACAAAACCGUUAAAGACGACUUUGAUGCCGUGCAGCACCUGUUUAGGUGCUGUGGCGUUCAUGGUGUGGCUGACUGGAAGGGGGACGUCCCAAUCUCCUGUUGUACCAAGAACCCCUGCAACAACCUCCCUCAAACCAACUGGCAAGAGGGUUGUCUAUUCAAACUGAGGGACUGGUUUGCCACAAACUAUGUCAGCACAGGUGCAGGUGUUGUCACAAUGUUUCUCAUACAGUUUAUCUGUCUGUGUAUCACCAUCCCUCUCUUUUGCCACUUCAGUCGACGUGGACUGGGUUACCAGUAAAAAAAAAAAUGGGACCAAUAAGACUGUAUCUGCAGUGUACAGUGACUUCUCACAUAUUAAUAGGUUGCCUGUCCCUUUAUGAACUUUUUUUAUUGAUUUGUUAUGAAAGCCCUGUUGCUGCCAUCAGAGAGUUACCAGGAAUAAUCAGGAGGAUGGCUGUUAAUAAUCACUAAUGAUAGUGUAACAUCAUAUGAGGUGACAGACCACUAAAUGUGAUGUGAAAAACUUGAUAGAAGACGUUUUGACAGUAGGUUAGUUAUGACAUGAUUAUGUAAACUGAGCUAUCUACCUAACUAGACCUCUAGAAAGCACUGGACAAGAUAAAUCACUUUCAACACCUGCUCUUCCCAGUACUUCGGACAAACCAGUUACACAAAUAUAACUUGAACAGUUUGAAAUCCAUGCAUAUCUUUUAAAUUUACCAUUUAUGAGUUUUUAAACAUUUUCCUCCUGUGUUAUUAUUUUUUGAUUUUGAUCAGUGAGUUUACCAAUAAGUGAGUCAAACUUGUGAGUACCAUUUAAGCUGCUCAAUAAACCAGCACACAUGCUGAUUUAAACAUUUGA